AUGUUUUCUCAAGCACACCAUACUUUCGUAAAUGUCGAGCAGGCCAGCGGGUGUGGAGUCUUGCUUGCGGGGAAGCGGGAAGCAUUUAACAAGGGUUGCUGCAGUCAUCGUAAUUGUCUGGAAGAAAGCGUAAUUGGUGAAAUUCCAACCAUGGAGCAGCAAAGAGCUUUUGUGGCAAGUCCGUCGUUGGUUUUCGGAUUCAAGCGAGCAUCUUUCGUUUGUGCACGACAAGAUGUGCUCAUGUGCCGGUGCUCUCACCGACAGUACCGGGUGUCCAUGAUUGCUGGGGAUCAGAGAAGCGAGAAGCAAGUCCCAGUCGAGAAGCUACUGGUUGAACAUUCAGACUAUGCAGACAUGUCAGAGUUUAUUGUCGAUGUUGAUGAUGAUGAUGACGACCUCGACGAAAACAUUGUUGAAGUCAUCGGACCUGAUGGUGAGGUUAAGGAAGAGAAGCGCAAGAAAAUUCGCAAGAGAACUGGGAGUUUUGUCGAUGAAAUCAAUAUGCCGCCUGACAGUGCGCUAACGAGUGAUGCAGAUCGACAGCCUCCAAUAUCUGAGGACGAAACGGCCCAGUACAUCCGCACCGCAGUAAAAGCGGCCGACGAACGAAAAGCGGGUGAUAUUCUUGCGUUGCGAGUGAGCAAACUAACAUAUACUGCUUCAUUCAUUGUCAUAGCAACUGGAAAGAAUUCACCACAAGUGCGCGCUAUUGGAAAUCUGAUCGAAGAAGACCUGGUCAAGAAGCAUCAAAUGCCUGUUCGUCGACGGGAUGGUACAGCAAAUUCAGGGUGGCUUCUUUUGGAUUGUAUGUAAUACUUGCUUCUUUUAUUCCUUUAUCCGCCCCGUACUGCUCGCGAACUGUUUCCUGAUUUUCUUGCUUCGUUCCCGUUCCUUUGAUUUUCUUAUGUGUGUGUGGCGUCACAGACGGAGACUUCAUGGUCCACAUCUUAUCUCCUGAACAACGAGCUAAUUACAACUUGGAAGCUUUAUGGAAGAACGGCGAACAUCUUGAUAUAUCUGAUUGCUUAUCCGGUCCUGACCAGAGGGUAUCCGUGGAUGAAGAAACAGUUGAUUCUCUCGAUGACUGGCUGAGCUAACAAACUCAACUAGAUGAAAUGCCAUGGCGAGAAGACCCGUAGUGAGAUGACUGUGAGAUGGAUUCAGACCGAAUUGCCAAUCUGUCCGCGAUAUCGUGCAGGGUAUCUCCAAUUUCCCUGCAGGAUGCGUUUGAAAUUCAGAGUUCGUCGUUGGUCAGUCUAUGACUCCCUUCUGCGGGCCCUUGUUGGUUCACUGACUCUGCAUUCGAUACUGCGCGUUCGUCGGCGUCGCCAUCUUCGUCAUCGUCGUCAUCGUCGUCAUUGUCGCCAUCGCCGUCGUCGUCGUCGUCGUCGUCAUCUUCAUCUUCAGACUUUGGGUUCGGAGUAAACGGAAUAUUGUCAAUAACUGUCCUAAUAAUUUCGGGUUGUUUGACCAUGUAGUCCUUGGCCAUAUGGCCAUCUCUAAUGGUUUCGCAAUUUGCGAUGACCUGCCGCCCCUGUGGCACAAACCACAGUCUGCAUCCAAUGCCAGCCGCAUUCAUCUGGUUUCGGAAUUUUGUGGUCACCAUGCGCCCUAUAUUGGGAGAGGAGCCGUGCUUUUCUGUCAGUACAGCCGUGACGACCUUAGGUUGCUUCAUUGCCAUUCCCAUAAUGGUAUUGAUGUCCAUACCGGGCUUGAUCUCACGCUGCCGCCUCGGAAAAGGGUUCUUUCUUGAAUUGUGAGUCUCACCCCAUUCCUCCCACGCUUCUUGCGGAUCAUCAUCCCGUUUAUCUUUUGUUUCCAGAUAUUUCACCUCUGUCCUCACGGGUGGCAAGUCUGCAGCACCAUUUGAAUCGGCGGUCUGUACUGCGCAUUGUAAAUGCGAAAGCAAGAUAAUUGCAAGUAAGAGCUUAGACACAGAAUUUCGAGCUCGUCUUAAUCUACUCAUGGCGAGCAGUGCCACAAAUCAUCGAACGCCCUACGAUACGAUCAAGCUAAACCCUUUCCCAGAAGAGUGGCUGCAGAUCUCAAAAUAGAAGAACUCGCACACGACACAGAGCGAUGACGAAGGAUUAUGAUGCCAUGGACACGCGAUAGUUCGGAUACUGUACUGAAAAAACGUCACAUCAUUACUGUAAUGCCGUGUAAGAGCGUGUACAGACUCUGUACAUGCGAAGGCAUCCGUCAA